CGAGCGCCCUGCUCGUGGGCACAGGUGGGUGGGUGGUGGUGCAGGAGAGCUUGGGGGGGCAGAGGCGCCCAAAGUAGAGCGGUGGGGUGUCUUCUGGCGAAGCCGCAGCAGGCACCUUGUUUCUGUCUCACCCGGGCAGGCGGAGGACUUGAUCAAAGCCCUGCAGGACUUGGAGAAUGCGGCCUCGGGCGAUGCCACCGUGCGGCAGAAGAUCGCUUCUCUUCCCCAGGAGGUUCAGGAUGUGUCCCUGCUGGAGAAGAUCACCGACAAAGAGGCGGCGGAGCGCCUGUCGAAGACGGUGGACGAGGCGUGUUUGCUGCUGGCGGAAUACAACGGGCGGCUAGCCGCGGAACUGGAAGACCGGCGCCAGCUGGCACGCAUGUUGAUCGAAUACACACAGACCCAGAAGGACGUGCUGACGGAGAAGGAGAAGAAGUUAGAGGUGAGCCUGGCUGCUCUGACCCCGGUCCCCAAACACGACAAACCCUCUCUAGUUAAAUCA